GGCCUCCUGGAAUCAAUAGAAGCUCGGGAAAAUGGAAGAACUGAGUCAAGCCCUGGCUAGUAGCUUUUCUGUUUCUCAAGAUCUGAAUAGCACAGCUGCUCCACACCCUCGCCUGUCCCAGUACAAGUCCAAGUACAGUUCUCUGGAGCAGAGUGAGCGGCGUCAGCAGUUAUUGGAAGGGCAGAAAUUCAAGCGGCUGGAUUAUGUGAAUCAUGCCAGAAGACUGGCUGAAGAUGACUGGACAGGGAUGGAGAGUGAGGAAGAAGAUAAGAAAUAUGAUGAAGAAAUGGACAUUGACACUGGCAAGAAGUUACCAAAACGCUAUGCUAAUCAAUUGAUGCUUUCUGAGUGGUUAAUUGACGUCCCUUCGGAUUUGGGGCAGGAAUGGAUUGUGGUUGUGUGCCCUGUUGGAAAAAGAGCGCUUAUCGUGGCCUCCAGGGGUUCUACCAGUGCCUACACCAAGAGUGGUUACUGUGUCAACAAGUUUUCUUCACUCCUGCCAGGAGGCAACAAGCGAAACUCAACAACUGCAAAAGACUAUACCAUUCUGGACUGCAUUUACAGUGAGGCGAAGCAGACCUACUACAUUCUGGAUGUGAUGUGCUGGCGGGGCCACCCUUUUUAUGACUGCCAGACUGAUUUCCGAUUCUACUGGAUGCAUUCAAAGUUAUCAGAAGAAGAAGGACUGGGAGAGAACACCAAGCUCAAUCCUUUUAAAUUUGUGGGGCUAAAGAAUUUUCCUUGUACCCCUGAGAGCCUGUGUAAGGUGCUGUCGAUGGAUUUCCCUUUUGAGGUGGAUGGACUUCUCUUCUACCACAAGCAGACCCACUAUAGCCCUGGAAGCACUCCUCUGGUGGGCUGGCUACGCCCGUACAUGGUGUCAGAUAUUCUUGGUGUGGCUGUGCCAGCUGGGGGCCCACUGACCACCAAGCCAGAGUAUGCUGGGCACCAGCUCCAGCAGAUUAUUGAGCACAAGAGGAGCCAGAAGGAGGGCAUGAAAGAGAAACCCACACAUAAGGCCUUUGACAGUGGGCACUAUGAGCUGGAGCAUCUGUCCACCCCUGAGCUGAAGAGUGAUCCCCACAGCUUGGACCAACUUGGGAGUCGCCUGGAAAACUAAAGAGAGCAGCCUCCUUUGGGUGUCACAGGGAGGUGCUUGGUUUCAGAACAAAGGUUGGGGAGGAGGACAGUGAUGACAAUAGGUGACUUCAUUUUAGAGUGGACUUUCCAAAGCCACUCCAGCUGGAAACA